GAUUCGAAAAAAUCAGUUGCACGACUACCAUUCUAACGAAACGAAAUAAUUUCGAAACCUAAAAAAAAACGUAAAAUGUGGAUAUUAAGUGUAUUGAUUGUGGCGAUUGCCUCCAAUGGGGCUCUUUCCAUGAAUAUUGCGCCAUUGGUCGAAAGAAAUUUGGCCAAUACCAUUUUGAAAUCGAGCCGUUCCAUGGAGACAAAUUCGCCACGCAAUGUCCAAUGUUUUUCGGUUUAUUUACCUCAAAUUAACGAGGCCACCAACAAAUACGAAGCUGCCUAUACCCAGUGUUUGGAUACAGCCAGCAAUGCCACAAAGGCCGUUGAGGAUGAAGUUGCUGGCGAUCGUGCCACAGUCACUCAGCAAGCUGGAGGAAUUUGUGCCCUCUACCAGUCAUGUUCCCAAAAAGAAUCUUCCCUUGAUUUCUUUGAGUGCUACAACGAAUCGGCUGGUUCCGCUGUCACAACCUCUUAUGACAUUCAAACCUUGUCCAAAAAUAGAUGGCAAUAUGUCAACAGUAGAUAUCAGGUAAUUGCUUACCAACAACAGAACUGUACCGACACCUGUGCCGAUGCCUAUGUCAAGGAGACAACCGCACUCUAUGCUGCUUUGGAUGCCUGUUUGGCUGGUGGUGGUUUUGUAACACCCUCAACCACAUCCGCACCAGCACCCGAAACAACAGAAGGAUAUACUACUGAAUUUUCAACAACAACCCCCGAAAUUCCAACUCCACCUCCUGGAUUUUAAAUAUUUCAUAAUCCUUUAAAACAUUGAAGAUGUACUUUUUCGGCAAUUGUUUAUUGUUAAAUAAAGUAAUGGAAAUGAUUAGAGCAUAAAUAUUUAUUUUUUAAGGGAACAAAUUGACAAUAAAUGUAUACCGCAAGAAAUCUCAAUUCAACAACGAUAA